UCUCUCUCUCUCCCCCCCCAUAUCUGUUUGAUCUAACAAUUUAUUAGUAAUUGUUUGGUUCCUUUAGGGAACCUAUGACUUCUUAGGAGGAAAAAAACCCUAGCUACUUUCUCUGCCCUUCCUCAGCUUUUCGGUCCUGCUUCCCACCUCCUGGAUCACUGUCCUUUUUAAUUUUCUCAAGCCAUCUGGGGGAGGAGGGGAAAAAAAAAAAAACUCUAAAUGUUCCCUUUUUCCUUCUCUCCCCUUUCACCUUCAAGCUUUCCCCUCGUAAAAAGACCAGAGGAGAUGCUUUCUUAGUUACAGGUUUUAUUAUUACUAUUAUUCAAGAAGAAGGAGAAAGAGGAGCUUUCCCAGCGGCUGGAAGGAGACAAAGUUGGUUCUGGCAGCAGCGGAGAGAGGCUGGUGGCAACUUUUAUUCCUACCAAAGGGGACAAACCAGGGAGAAAAAGAGGUGGUGGUGGUGUGAAAACAGAUUUCCCUCUUCUGGCCUCUGUAUGUGGACCAUUCUCUGUUCUGUUCAGCCUAUUAGAAGUUGACUUAAGUGCAGGCUCUUAGUCCCAUGGAAAGCUGAUGGGUGGGAGCAAAGGUAAAGAAUGAUGUAAUGCAGUGGCAGCCAGAAAGCAUCUUUUGUUUGAAUUGUGAAAUGGCCACUCCAUAGUCAUCUCCUGAUGAAUCAGAUGUGAGGGACUGCUUUGUGGAAGGAACCCUUUGUAACGGCACAUCAACUGGAAGCAGAAGGAGACAUUCGGUUGAAGAGCUCUUUCUGAAAAUGGAUUUAACUUUUCUUUUGCCAGUCACUACCAGCAUGACCUCAUACACUUCUAGCACAAUGGUGUGGCUAAGCCUUUGAGUACACAGCCAUUACAUCAUCACAGCAAAUUAGAGAGGGAGGUGGUGAAAGAGGCCUUAUUGUUGUCAUGGCUGAUGAGAUGAUCAGGACGCAACUCAUUGUCGCUGAGAAGUUGGUGGCUUUGCUGGAGAGCGGUACAGAAAAAUUGCUACUGAUUGAUAGCCGCCCCUUUGUGGAAUACAAUACAUCACACAUCUUGGAUGCCAUCAACAUUAACUGCUCCAAGCUUAUGAAGCGGAGGCUGCAGCAGGACAAAGUUUUGAUUACAGAGCUCAUUCAGCAUUCAGCAAAACACAAGAUUGAAAUUGAUUGCAAGCAGGAGGUGGUGGUAUAUGACCAAAGCUCUAAAGACGUGACCUCACUCUCAUCUGACUGCUUUCUUACUGUGCUUCUGGGCAAACUGGAGAAGAAUUUCAGCUCUGUGUAUCUGCUUUCAGGUGGUUUUGCUGAAUUCUGCAGUUCUUUCCCUGGUCUCUGUGAAGGAAAAUCCACACUUGUUCCUACUUGCAUUUCUCAGCCGUGCCUGCCUGUCUCCAACAUUGGGCCAACCCGAAUUCUGCCUCAUCUAUACCUUGGGUGUCAGCGAGAUGUGCUCAACAAGGAGCUGAUGCAGCAGAAUGAUAUUGGCUAUGUACUAAAUGCCAGCAAUACUUGUCCAAAGCCUGAUUUUAUUCCGGAGUCUCAUUUCCUGAGAGUGCCUGUGAAUGACAGCUUUUGUGAGAAAAUUUUGCCUUGGUUGGAUAAAUCAGUGGAUUUUAUAGAAAAAGCAAAAGCAUCAAAUGGACGUGUGUUAGUGCACUGUUUGGCUGGAAUAUCUCGCUCUGCCACAAUUGCUAUUGCAUAUAUCAUGAAGAGAAUGGAUAUGUCCUUAGAUGAAGCUUACAGAUUUGUGAAAGAAAAAAGGCCAACCAUUUCUCCUAACUUCAACUUUCUGGGCCAGCUUUUGGACUUUGAGAAAAAGAUUAAGAACCCGAGUGGUCAGCCUGGACAUAUUAGUAAGCUGAAACUUCUGCACUUGGAAAAAAGCAGCGAGCACAUCCUGGUCCCAGAAGGUGGGCAGAGCAGCCUCCCCACCAGUCAGCUAUGCAUUACCUCUACCUCUGAGAUUGUGGAGCAGAAGUCAACAGACUCUGUAAGCAUGCCAGGCACACGCUUGCCAUCUUUGGAAGACAGCCCAUUGGUACAGGGUAUAAACGGACUCCACGUGUCCCUAGAUAAGGUAGAAGACAGCAACCGGCUGAAGCGUUCCUUUUCUUUGGAUAUCAAAUCUGUAUCCUACUCGGCAAGUAGCAACUGUGUGACUGCAUCCGUUCAGGGCUUUGCUUCCUCCGAAGACACUCUGGAGUACUACAAACAUGCGACUGCUUUAGAUGGUAGCAGCAAAUUGUGUCAGUUCUCCCCUGUCCAGGAGGUCUCAGAGCAGACCUCAGAAACUAGCCCUGAUAAAGAUGAAGCAAACCCUCCCAAGAAUCCCCAGAACGCCUGGCAGCUGGAUAGCCAGAGCAAACGGCAACACCUGGGGAGAGCCAGCGGUGGCACUGCCAUGCAGCGGUCACUGUUGUACCCCCUCCACAGGAGCGGGAGCAUGGAAGACAACUACCAAACAAACUUCCUGUUUGGUCUCUCCACUAGUCAGCAACAUCUGGCAAAGUCCGCCGCUGGUCUAGGCCUCAAAGGCUGGCACUCGGACAUCUUGGCUCCUCAAACAUCUGCCACGUCCCUUACCAACAGCUGGUAUUUUGCAGCCGAGUCCUCACACUUCUACUCUGCCUCUGCCAUCUAUGGGAAUAGUGCAGCUUACUCUGCCUACAGCUGCAGUCAGCUGCCCACAGGCUGCGACCAAGCCUGUGCUGUGCGCAGGAGGCCAAAGCAGGGUGAUCGAGGUGACUCCAGGCGGAGCUGGCAUGAGGAAAGCUCCUUUGAAAAGCAGUUUAAGCGCAGAAGCUGCCAGAUGGAGUUUGGGGAGAGCAUCAUGUCAGACAACAGAUCCAGAGAAGAACUGGGGAAAGUAGGCAGUCAGUCGAGCUUUUCAGGCAGCAUGGAAAUCAUUGAAGUGUCUUGAAGUAGCAGACUUGUGUGACUGUACCAGAAUUGCUUCCCCCUCCAGGCUGCUCCCCUAGUGUUUAAGAGUUCCUGUAAAUCUGAAAACAACAGACUUUAUACAAAAGUGUGUAUAUGGACAGGAGGUCAGGGGGAAAUGUGGGACUUCAGUGUGAAUGCAGUGACUAGAUUAAUACAGCAGAGAAAUGAGAAGUGAGCAUCUGCAUGAGGAGACCAAGUAUACUGGUGGGAUUUUCUCUUUCCUGGAGAAGGGCAGAACAUUUCAGAAGUUUUCCCUGGCAGAUGAAGCAAUUAUAUGCAAUGGAUUGCACAUCCUUUCAAUGUUUUAAACAGAAAGCUGUCUUGGUAUCAGACCAUUUCUCUGAUUCCACUGAGAUACGCUUCUACUGAUCAAAGCUAGUUUGAUUCUCCCCUCCCUAUGCCCCAAGUCUUCACCAGUGCACCUUAGCCCUGACACUGAGCCAUCCUCUGGAGGGAGACCUUUCUCCUGUAAGAAAGGAGACUGAGAGUGAUUCCAAAGGAAGUAGGGACUGGUUACAGCAAGGCUGGUCUGAAAAUAGAGUUCAGACAAAUGUAAAUACUGGUGUAACUAUUGUUCUAAUUGAUAGGCUUUAGAUGAUUUGCUAGAGAGCUGCUUAAGAGAAAAACCAGUACCUCAAAAAUAUAAAAAAUAAACUUAGGGCUUUAUGGCUGCCAGUUGUGGGUGGUCAGUUCAUAAGCAAUGUGAACAAAUAACAACUAGCCACAUUUUUUUUUAAGCUGUCUACGCACAAGUGUUUCAGUUGGCUUAGCAGCAGGUUUUUGUAAAGAAGACAAGUGAAUCAGACUUAUGACUAUUUCCCCCAGUCUUUUAAAACAUAAAAUAAGCAGGAUUUGUAGUUUUGAUAUUGGGUUAUUACGCUGGCUUCUGGGAGAGGGUAGCUAUUCUGGCUUCUAAGCUGUAAUGGAGUGGUUAAUACUUAGGGCUAUGUGCAAGAGAGGUCAAAAGACUGCAGAACUUUUUUUAUUUUUUUUCCCUUUUUUCCCCCCAAUUCAGCAGAUGAAUUUUAAAGGCUUCUUCUUCUGAAAUAAAUAGUAGGGUUUGGAGGGAUGAGCAGUAACAUUAAGGAACUUGUCAUACACAGUUCCAGUCACAUGUCCUAAAAGAUUGGAUGGGGAUAAUUCUUUUUUUUUCUUUUUUUUCCCUCUUUUAAUAUCCUCACACGAACUGUGGGGAUUCUGAGAUGGAUGCUCCCUAUUGGGUUUGCUGACCUCAUUGGAGAAAGAGGCCUGUUUUCAUUGGAUAACUAAAGAGAAGGGGGACUGUGGAGUCCCUGCUCAUAACAUGUAAAAGAAACUGGGUUUGCAAGGAGACAGCCUGCUCACUUCCAGCACACACAGCUCCAGAGGGACUUCAUUCAGGCUGUUGUCCUCUGUCCCCAGCUGGAAUCUUGGUGCCUGCAGGUGCUGUUGCAGUGUGGCUGUGGACGCUGCAAGCUGCACCUUUCUGGUCUGCAGUGAGCUGGAGCAUCUGCCAGCUUCCUGAGGUGUCAUUCCCUGCUGCUAGCAGGGGUGUUUCAUGGGAGAUUAGGCACAACCUUUCCUAUGUGUUGUUUUUGACAGUGAACCAGCUGCUUCCCCUCCAGCUUGUGAUUCUUGCAGUAUGUUGGCUGCUACUUCUCAAAUUGCCAGGUAAUACUGUAAGAGGUUUACAGUAAGCGAGGAGUGGUACCAGAAGCACAAGCUGUGUGUGCACUCUUGAGCUCUUCCCCAGGACACUUCACAACACGCACAUGGUGGGGGGGCUGUAGGCCUCAGCGUUUUAUCCAAUUUCAGUGCGGGCAGCUGAAAAAUUAUAAAUGAAAUGUAUGUACUUAUCCCUGCCCAACAGCUUUUUUUUUUUUAAAAAGAAAGUGUCAGUGGAGGUCACUGAAGCCCUAAUUCAAGUCAGCAGCUUUCUUUUUCUUUUCUUUUUCUUUUCUUUUUUACUCUAAGUUUAGCUAGUUUGUGACUCAAAUCUCAGGUUUUACUAUAUAGUAAAGUGGAGAAGAUUUUGUCUUGUUUUGUUUUGUGGCUAGGAUGUGACUUAAUUUCCUACAAUGGACUGCUUAAAAUAGCACUGAAAGCUACAGCAUUGAUUAACUUGAUCCUAAAAAGUGCAAGAGAUGCACAGAGAGGCAGCAACAGGAGUAAUUGAACACAGAGGCUGUGUUCGUGAUGUACGUAUGAAAUGCCAGCAGAAAGGGUAGUCUGGACAAGAGAUAGGUUGACACCACACUGUAAAGCAUGUCAGGUCUUGGCUAUUCAGUAACCAUAUAGCCACUUGUCUAUGUUUACAUACCAAGUGAAAGUGAUUACAACGAUUUGCAGCAUAUAUACACAUUGUGUAUGUGUGUGUAUAUACAUAUGUAAACCAUUUAGCAGUGCUCCUCUCAGCCAGAUUUCAGUUAAAGCCCGUGUCUUUCUUUGAUUUAAAUUGGUUAAUAGGGGAAAAACACAUAAAUAAAUCCCUACAGGCAGAAACAA